AUGACUCUUGAAAAGGAACACUCAUGUCGUGGCAGUCUUUAUGCAGGAGGCCACACGGGGGUUCCUGGAGGCCACACGGGGCUUCCUGGAGGCCAGACGGGGCUUCCUGGAGGUCAGACGGGGCUUCUUGGAGGUCAGACGGGGCUUCCUGGAGGUCAGACCGGGGCUUCUGAGGUCAGACGGGGCUUCCCGGAGGCCAGACGGGGCUUCCAGGGUUGCCAGAGCGGGGCUUCCUGGAGGCCAGACGGGGCUUCCCGGAGGGCAGACGGGGCUUCCCAGAACGCCAGACGGGGGCUUCCUGGAACGCCAGACGGGGGAUGGCGGGGGCUUCCUGGAGGCCGGACGGGGGCUUCCUGGAGGCACCGACGGGGCUUCCUGGAGGCCAGACGGGGCUUCCUGGAGGCCAGACGGGGCUUCCCGGGACGCCAGACGGGGGCUUCCUGGAACCCAGACGGGGCUUCCUGGAGGACAGAGGGCUUCCUGGAGGCCACAACGGGGUUCCUGGAGGGUCACACGGGCUUCCUGGAGGCCAGAACGGGCUUCCUGGAGCCAGACGGGGCUUCCUGGAACCCAGACGGGGGCUUCCUGGAACCCAGACGAGGGCUUCCUGAGAGACGGGGCUUCCCAGACGAGGCUCCUAGGAGCCAGACGGCUUCUGGAGGCCAGACGGGGCUUCAGAACCCAGACGGCUUCCUAGAUUCAGUUCCUGGAACCCAGACGGGGCUUUCCGGAGGCUUCCUGAUAUAG